AAGACACUAAAACCGGAUAGUUGUAAAGCAAACCGAAACAACCACCCAUAAUAGGGUCCGAUUCUCAGUGGGUGUUGGCAAUCAAAGAGAAUAAUACUCCACACACAAGCUCGCACUUUGAUCAAAUCAACCACCAAUAAUAUCAUGUUCUUCGGUCACUGUGCUCACUCGUUGUUCUUCAAGAGAUUGAUUUUUGUUGUUCUUUGACGCUCGUUUUCGUAUAUUUAGAUGCAAAUUUUCGGAUCAGUUUCUUGUUGCAUCCGCAGAAUUAUUGAAUUCAUGGGAGCAGAGGGUGUCUUGGAUGUUGUACUAAGCGUCCAUUUAUAACUACCGACAAUAAGCCCGCAGAAAACAUAGAAAAAGGCCAAGUCGCUAAUAAACAUAGUAUUUUAGAAGAUUUUUGGAGUAGCAGCACGUAUGAGAUGGAUAAUAGUAUACCGCAGUCUCAGAUAAGCGCUUCAUCAAUGAGUAAUGCACCAGUGGACGCCCAAUCUAGUUCCGGCAACAAUCCUUCAGAAUUCGUAAACCGUGGUCUUCUUCUUUGGAACCAAACGAGGCAACAGUGGAUCGGAGAUAAGGAACCUGAUCACAGUAAAAAAGCUCGACCCCCUAUUAUAAGUUGGAAGGCAACUUAUGAUAAUUUGCUUGGGACAAACAAACCAUUCUCACGGCCCAUCCCUCUACCUGAAAUGGUAAAUUUUCUUGUGGAUAUCUGGGAACAAGAGGGGUUGUAUGACUGAGUUUCUGCCAAACGCAACAGCCGAUGUUUAUCUAUGGUAAUGUUCAUAUCAUACGGUGCUUGAAUUAUGUACGUUUGGAUUUUUUUUUUUUUUUUUUUUUUUUUUUUUUUUUUUUUGGGAUGGGGGGUCUUCUAAUAUUGUUGUAAGGUGAGCAUAAAUGGCACUUGGAGAGUGUAGUGAUACAUAUUUGUUGGCUUUUUGGUUAAAAACUUGAAAUUUUUGUGUAUAAUUUUACCUGGAAGAUCA